GAACUAUUGAACGCAUAUCCAAAGCGAAAGAAUAAACAACAUAGUAUCUACUUUUCCUUUUGCUGAAUGUUUUUGUGAUUUUCUUUAGUUCAUUCGGAAAUUAUAUAAAAUAGCGUCAUGGAGACUAUGCUCAGUGAACGUGGAAAACUGAUUUUAGUGUAUAAAAACUACAAGUAUUACGUGGGACGUGUGUUAAAACGAACAGGCGAGAAUUCAUGGCGUUGUUUUAAAAAGCGGUGCAAGGCACAAAUUUACACCCUAGGAGGAAGGGAGGAACCGAUUUUUUCCAGAACAAGCGGAACUCAUAAUCACGAUAGCGACUCUGAGGCGGUCUUAAACCGGCAGAAAAUAUCCAAUACAGUCAAAAGGAAAGCCACUGACGACACAUCCGAUAGGCCCUCGAAGAUAAUCAACCGCGAGGUCUCGGAAAACGUGCUGCGUAGCAUAACAGUUAAAGACAUCAAGUACAUUAGAGACAAUUUUAACCGAGAAAAGAAAAUUAAAAAAUGUGCUACAAAUACCCCGUAAUAUUAAAUCGGAAAACUUUUAUACAAUGACAUAAAGACAAAUGUUAUAAUAUUUUCAUGUAAAACUAAUGUAACACACGAUAAAUUCGAGUGUUUUAUGUGGAACGUGGAUGGAACAUUUAUGUCAAUUAUUUACCAUGCAGUGUUAGAUUACUGAUUGAAAAAAAUCAGUAUUUUUGGAUACACUGGGGGUGCCAGAAGAUUGUCAAGCUGAUGUUGAAGUAGCAAUCCACUCUGCAAUGCAAGAGACUUUUCCAGACAUAGAUGUUAGGUUGUAGAUUUCAUCUAGCGCAGUCUUGGUGGAGGAAAAUUCAACAAGUUGGACAAGUUGGUAGAAUACAAAAGUUGGACAUCUGAAAUCAGCUUUUGGUUGAGGCAGGCGUUUGGU